AUGGCGGAGCCCAAGCAUUCGGUUGCACACCAGGAGGCUCCCGCCGUCUCGGACGUGGAGAGCAAGAAUAACCAUCUUGAACACGUACAGACCAGCGAGACCGCGGGUGGUAUCACCGGGUUCGAGGCUGACGCCGAUGACCUGCCACCGGGUUACUUCAAGAGCCGUUUCUUCCUGGGCUCCAUGUUUGCCAUUGGCAUGGGUCUCUGGGCCACUGUUGCCGCCUUUGGCUAUGCUGCUCCCAUCCUCGGCCAAAUCAACGCGGACCUGGGCCCGGAUCCGCGCUACGUGUGGAUUGCCAACGUGUACAACUGCACGCUUGCCGUGUGUAUCGCACCCGUCGGCCGCUUGUCUGACAUCUUCGGCCGCCGGUACUGGUGGAUCGGCAGCGCGUGUCUCAGUGUCGUCGGCUGCAUCGUCUGCGCUACGGCCAAGUCUGUGACCACGCUCAUUGGGGGCUCCGCGCUUCUGGGCAUAUCCAGUGCAACGCAGCUCUCGUUCCACUAUGUCAUGGGUGAAAUCGUCCCUAUCCGCUACCGCUACCUCGGCUCCGCCGCCGUCUACAUCUUCUGCAUACCCGGCUCGGGCGUUGCUCCUUCCAUCGCCUAUGCCUUCGUCAACUCGUCUGUCGGCUGGCGCGGCAUUUACUACCUCCUCACGGCUGUCAACGUCGUCGCCCUCAUCUGCUGGGUCCUGUUCUACUUUCCCCCUUCCUUCGAUAAGAAGCACCGAGGUGACUCGCGCACCAAGACGUACUGGAUCAUGCAUUUUGACUAUGUCGGAACGUUCUUGUACGCGGGCGGCUUGAUAAUGUUCCUCAUGGGCCUGAGCUGGGGCGGUGCCGUGUACCCCUGGAAGAGUGCGGCGACCAUCUCUGCCAUCGUCGUGGGAGGGGUUGUGUUGGCUAUCUUCGUGCUGUGGGAGAUUUACGCACCACUCAAGGAGCCACUGGUGCCGAUGCACCUGUUUCGCAACAGGGAGUGGGUUGUUGCUGUCGUGCUUAUGGGUUUGGGCGCCGGUGUCUACUAUGCCUUUGCUAUCGUCUGGCCGAUGCAAGCGGCAGUCCUUUAUGACAACGGCAACUCGGCUCGCCUAGGGGGGAUCGCCGACGUCAUCGGGCUCGCCGUCAUCGCCGGCCAGGUCACUGGCGGCACCCUGGCCGCACGACUGAAGCACAACAGGUUCCAGGUCAUGGGCGUCAUGCUACUUGGUGGCAUCUUCUUGGCUUGUACUGCCGUCUCCACUCCUUACAACUUCAAUACUGCCCUGGCCAUGAUCACCGUCGGUGUCUUCUUCGUCGGCUGGAACGAGACCAUCUGCAUCGCAAACUCGACCAUCUGCGUCCGAGACCAAAAAGAGAUCGGCAUCGCCGGGGGGCUCGCAGGAUCGAUUCGUUCCGGAAUCUGCUCUGUAAUGGUUGCAAUUUAUACUACCACCCUCACAAACCGCCUCACCACCACCGUCGCCGAGGAAGUUCCCGCCGCGCUGGUCUCGGCUGGUCUCCCCGCGUCCAGCGUGCCCGAUUUCCUUGCCGCGCUGACGGGUGGCGUGGCAGGCGCCAUGAGCAAGGUCCCCGGUAUCACCGAUGGAAUCGUGGCUGCGGGUGUGGCGGCAUACAAGGUGGCGAAUGCGGACGCGUACAGGACGGUGUAUCUGAGUACUCUGGCGUUUAGCGGGCUGGCGAUCUGCCUGAGCUGGUGGGCGCCGGACACGGACAAGUAUCUGUCGAGCAAGGUUGCUGCUACGCUGCAUCGGGAGGACGUGUCCGAUGAGGAGAGGAUGCAACGGGCUUGA